CAUUAGCCGCUGAGCUAACAUUUACCUGAUAGAUUUAUCACUUCACUAGACCAAUUUCACCAUUUUAAAACACUUCUUUCUUUAUCAUUUCGACUAUGUAAGAUAAAAUAGACACGUUUUAACAUGUUGUCUGCUUUUAUAUAAAACUCCUCAUAUCCUUUUAAAGAACUACUUUGACGUUAAGCUAAGUUAGUAUAUAUAGACAGCGUUAGCUACCUAGCAGGCUAGUAGCUAACGUCGGCUAACUUCAAACUGACUUCAAGCCAAAAGACUUUCUGCUUCAAAUUAGCUAAAGCUAGCGAGGCUACAACUGUUUCCACGUCACCUAACUAACUGUAUCCUCACAGCAUCUCUUGUUUUAUGGGCGAGUUGAACUUUAUUAUUAUUUUUUUAAAGGAUUGGCCCUGUCUAGUUUUUGUAAAGCAAAAGAUAAAGACACUUUAUAUCCAAAAAUAUCCAGAUAUGCAAUCAUCGAGCCAGCAGCUUUACUUAAUGCUAGCUGUUUGAGGCCUUUAGGAAGUUUAUCCCCUCUUUUCCUUUCUUUUUUCCUUUCUUCCCCACACAGCCUUAUUCUUUAUUUUGCAUCCCAGCGUCCUGAAUGGAGUUUAUAUGUUCUGAAUGACUUUUUGGAUUAUUUGUGAAGUUUGACAGCAUCCAGUUGGGAAAAACCUGGACUUUGUUUACUUGGCUGCUGAACAUACAUUGGAUUAUACAGAAGAAGCAUUUGGAAUAACACAAUUAUCCUUCAAAGAUGAUGUGCGAGGUGAUGCCCACCAUCAGCGAGUCCGAAGGGCCCGGCGGAGGAGGCGGCGGCGGCCGUCGGGGCUCCGGCUCCCCGCUGCAGUCGGACUCGGAGGGUCACUUUGAGUCGCUGAUGGUGUCCAUGCUGGAGGAGAGGGAUCGUCUUCUGGAGACUCUGAGAGAGACUCAGGAGAACCUGGGCUUGACUCAGGGCAAACUGCACGAAGUCAGCCACGAAAGAGACUCACUGCAGAGACAACUCAACACUGCUUUGCCCCAGGUGCUCACAGCGAGGGUUGGAGGGCAGUAUGGGGUAGAGAUGGAGAAGCAGGACCAGUGUGCUCUCGGCUAUGAGCACAAGGAGAACCUGGCCAAGCACGAGUCCCAGAAAGAUUAUUCUAAAGGGUUCGGAGGAAAGUUUGGAGUCCAGAAUGACCGAAUGGAUAAGCGCUGGACGUUUGAAGACGUUGAGAAGCCGACCUCAUCCUACCAGAAGACCAAACCUGUGGAGGCUGCCGGCAGCAGCACAGGAAGCAUCAAGGCUCGCUUCGAGAACAUCGCCAAGCAGAAGGACGAGGAGGACAAGAAGAGAGCGGAGGAGGAGCGAGCUCGCCGGCAGGCCCGAGAGCGGCAGGAGCAGGAGGAGGCGCGCCGUAAGAACGAGGAGCAAGCCAAAAACCCGUCUCCCGUACCCGAGCCCAGUCCCACUCCCAGCCCGACUCCACCGGUCCAGCAGCCGGCCGCCCCAAGUAUGAGAGCCCAGAGGGUGACCCAGGAAGUGACCCGCCAGGAAGCUGCGGAGGAGAACGGAGAGCAGCUGUAUGAGCCGGAGCCUCAGAGCCAACCGCAGGAGGAGCUUUACCAAGCGGUUGAGGAGACGGCCGAGGAGACCCCAGCUGCUGCAGACUCUCAGCAGUACGAGUACGGAGAAGACCUCGGGGUGACGGCCGUAGCGCUCUACGACUAUCAAGCAGCCGGCGACGACGAGAUCUCCUUCGACCCCGAUGACAUCAUCACCAACAUCGAGAUGAUCGACGAGGGCUGGUGGAGGGGCGUGUGCAGAGGCGCCUACGGCCUUUUCCCAGCCAAUUACGUCGAGGUCCGGCAGUGAUGUCAUCGCUCCGAGACGACGAAGCAGAAGAAGAAGAAGAAGAAGAACGAUGAGAACCGAGCUUUUCCUUUUUCCUCCCUUCCUUCCUUCCUUCUUUCCUUCACACUUUUGGGUCUUUCCUCUCUCUUUCACCUCCAUCCAUCCUUCCUUCCUUCCUUCCUUCCUUCCUGCAGCUGUUUCCUUUCUUCCUCUCCUCCGUGCAGCAGCGAGGAUGAAGAGAAUAUAAAGAGCUCAUCAAGAGAAAGAAAAAAAAUCAUCCUGUAACUUUUUUUUUUUUUUUUUGAAGCUCUUUUUCUUUUUUUCCUUUUUUUUUUUUAAAUCCAGAUGUUUGUAUUAAAAAGUUCAGCUUCACAGAAUCAGGUGUUACUUUUAUUAUUUUUGCUUAUUCAACACAUUAAAGACCAGAGUAGUGACAGAAACGAGCUCUUACUGAUUUUAAAAAGUGGAACAAACAGAAUUAUUAAGGAUUAUAAUUUUUUAUGUAUAUUAAUUAAAAAGCUGUUUUCUGUCCUCGACUUCGACAAACGGACCAAAAAGCUGAUUUAACUCCAUCUAUUAUUAUUUUAGUAGCUUCUUCUUCUUUGGUCUCUGUGUUAAAGUCUGCUGUGCGGCUCAGGAGGAGUUCAAACCCUCGACCAAACGAAGCUUUUCUUUUUUUUUAAUCUCUUUUAACUCUCGCUGGAAAAAAGAAAAAUAUAAGCAGUGCAAAAAAAAUCGAUAAAAGAGGUUUUCCCGCCUUUUUUUCCCGCCUUUUUUUUCUCCCGCCUUUUUUUUCCCCGCCUUUUUUUUUUUUUUUUUUUUUUUUUUUAAACUGAUGAUAUUCAGAAACACACACACUACGGCUUCCAUAGUAUUAUUUUUAAAAAGUCAUUGAUGCUUUGAAUCAUGUACAGAGAAAAAGAGAAAGAUCAUCACUUAUUGAUGCUAAUGAUGAGAAAUAAUUAAGAAGAAGAAUUGAAAAUCAUUAUUUUUGUUUCCUGUCGCUAUGUGCGUGUGUGAGUGUGAGUGUGAGAGUGAGAGUGUGUGUUUUGGGGAUGAGGUGUGUGUGUGUGUGUGUGUGUUUAGAAAUAUAUAAUCGAGCUGUUUAAGGGAAGAUUUUGGUGUAUUCUCCAAAAAAAAAACUAAAAAAAAGCAACAAAAAUUAAAAAAAAGAAAAGCACUAAUUAUGUCAAACGGCCGGCGGCUUUAACGAGCUGCUGAUUGGUUGAUAUGGCGAUAGUGUAGCUUCAUCGGGUAAGUGUGUGUGUGUGUGUGUGUGUGUGUGUGAGAGAGAGAGGGCUUUCAGUUAAUUCAUCUUUGGGGUUUUUAUAUUAUUAAUAAUAAUAAAAAUGAUGAUAAUAAUAAAAAAAGUGACCUUUUUGAAAAGCAUUAUUUUUAUCUGUACCUCUGUUUGCUUGAGUCACAUCAUUACCUGCUUGUUCUUUUUUUUUAGUUUCAAUAAAUAAAAUAUGAA